AUGGACAGAAUCCCGAAAUUUUCUGAUCUCCCCCUACGAAAGGGCGAUCCUCACCACUCUGCCUGGGGGCUAUACGGCGAUGAUGAUGAGCUCGGGUUCCUCAAUCGAUUGACAGAAGACGUCGUGCUGGAAGCGGCGAAAGAAAUUAAGACUGGGCAAAGAAUCUCUCUUGACCUGCCGCUCGACGCCCAAGGUGACAUUCCAUUCUUUGGCCGCCAAGUAUUCCACAAAAAAGUAUACCAAAAACCUCCUCGUAUCGUCAAUGAUGACGUGUGGACAUUCAACACGCAAAGCAGUAGCCAGUGGGACGGCCUUCGUCACUUUGCCUAUCAGAAAGAGCAAAGGUUUUACAAUGGAGUGACGCUCGAGGACAUUCAUGGACAGCACGCGACAAACGUGAAUGGCAUCCAUGCUUGGUCCGAAAAGGGCAUCGUUGGUCGCGGCAUCCUUCUUGACUGGCACAGCUGGCGGCUCAAGAACAAUGUCAGCUACGAGCCAUUCAAGAGCGGCUCCAUACCGCUGGCCGAACUACACGCGGUAGCAAAAGAACAGGGGGUUGAGAUCAAGUUCGGAGACAUCCUUCUUAUCCGUUCCGGUGAUGGCUUCUUGACGGCUUACAACGCCAUGGACAAAGAUGAGCUGUCUGCGUUGUCCAAAGUCGUGCCGGCUCCGUUUACGGGAGUCGAGCAGAGCGAGGAGAUGCUGCGCUGGAUCUGGGAAAACUUUUCUGCCGUUGCAGGAGACCAACCAUCUUUCGAGUGUUGGCCAAGCCAGAAAGAUUAUCUACUGCACGAAGUUUUGCUGGCAGGCUGGGGCUGUCCGAUCGGCGAGUUAUUUUACCUCGACGCUUUGGCAGAGCACUGUGCGAGGGAGAAGCGCUGGUCUUUUUUCCUAACCAGCAAAGUCUGCAACGUGCCCGGUGGAGUGGCCAGUCCUCCGAAUAUCUUGGCCAUAUUUUGA